CCAGGCAGGGGACAGGACGACACCGCCCUGCAGUGACCCCAUCUGCCACGCCCCUGGGAGCCCGCACUGGACCGGGCAGCCCUGCAGGUAUUCCUUUUACCUGUGGCAGAUCCCCACUUGUGAAGGCUCAGGUUGGGGGUCUGAGACCCUCUCCAUAUGGCCCACCGACCGCUGGUCUUGUCCCCCCAUGUGGUCUUUGCCCAGAUAGCUCCCUGGAGUCCAACUGUGUGUAGACAGGGAGUCCCCAUGCUCUGAGACAGACUCUCUACACACGGCGUCACCUUGAACCAUUCAGAGGCUUUCAGCAGUUUGCAGCUUGUUUGCUUGGCUUGUGAUCCGAGUAGCUAUUACUGGGUGGGACUUGCCAUGUGCACCCUGGGACCCCCAAGACUGUGACCACAGGAGAUGCUCUGAAGGGCAGCUUCUCCCGGGAUGCAUCAGCCUACAUGGCCUGGUGAGCCGUGCCCAGGCAGAGCAGACAUGUGCCACUUAGGGUUGUGGCCACGUGGAGAAAAAGGAGAAAAGAAGGAAACCCACAUGAUUCUAGUGAUAUGUGUUAUUUAACCUGGUGUCUCCAAAAUGUUGUUAUCUCAGCAUGUAGUUGAUUUUUUUUUUAAGUAUUGAGAUCUUUUAAAAAAACACUUUGAAAUUCCACUGUGUUUUACAUUUGCUUUGAGUCUGAGUUCCGAACAGUCUUGUUCGUUAGCUGGUGACUACCAUGUCAGACAGAGCAGGGCGAGGGCACAGAGAGUUCCCCAAUGGCAGCUCUGCUGAGAGGCUCCUUGGUGGCCCUGGGGGUGCAGGCAUGCGUCUCUGAGACAUGUAGUUGGGGACGACCGUGUAGAGGUGACCGACCACAAACAGGAGGGGCCGGGACCAAACUGGAGGACCGUGGGGCUGAUGGACCUGGGCAGGACUCUGGCCUUCGUCCCUGGAGUCUCCAGGGCCCAGGGAAGGCCCCUGAGUGGAGCUGAGUGGUGGGAGCUGAUCAGGUUUGCAUUUUGAGAAGAUGGUCCUGGGGGACAGGUGAAGGGGGACAGGGCCAGGAAGAGGCGACAUCCAGACACAGGUAUCUCGGAGGGUGAGGCCAUGUCUAGGAGAAGCAGGUGCCCCCCAGCUCUGCAGACUGAGCCUGAGCCCCCAGGACAGGUGGAGAAGCCCCCCACUGUGUCCAAAGGUCUGGGUGUUGGUAGAAUGGUCUGAAGCAAGGGCGCUUACUCAUGAAAAGCUGUUCUUCCCAGUGCCCUGCCUUUCCCUCUGCUUGGUGGCAGAGAGGGGGCAGGGAAGCUGCAGGAAGGUCCCUUGGAGGAGGGGAGCAGCUCACUCCAGGGACCACAGUGGAUAUCACCUUCCAUGGGAGCCCUGUGUGUGAGUGUGCACGUGAGGGGAUGCACACGGGGCAGGUAAGUAUGUGUGCAAGGCUGUGAAAACCAGGCAGAAGGAGGAUGUGUGAUCUCCCUGACUGUCCCUAGGGCAGCUGCCCAGGACACUCAUAGAGGAGCCAUGUGACCCGUCUAGACGUCCACACUCUGACGGCUGCAGCAGUGCAUGUUGUACCAGAUCCCACCAAUGCAUCCCAGCCCAGCUGCACGGUGACCCCAUGAGCACUUGGGAAGGGUGACCCAGCUCAUGCAUACAUAGACAAAGACUAUCCCUGAAUGCCUGUCACUACACACAGACAAGGACUGUCCCUAGUCACCUGUCACUACACAGAGACAAGGACUGUCCCUGGCCACCUGUCUCUACACACAGACAAGGACUGUCCCUGGCCACCUGUCACUACACACACAGGAGGAUUGUCCCUGGCCACCUGUCACUACACACACAUGAUGUCUGUCCCUGGCCACCUGUCACUACACACAGACAAGGACUCUCCUGGCCACCUGUCACUACACAUAGACAAGGACUGUCCCUGGCCACCUGUCACUACACACAGACAAGGACUGUCCCUGGCCACCUUUCUCUACACACAGACAAGGACUGUCCCUGGUCACCUGUCACUACACACAGACAAGGACUCUCCUGGCCACCUGUCUCUACACACAGACAAGGACUGUCCUGGCCACCUGUCACUACACACAGACAAGGACUGUCCCUGGCCACCUGUCUCUACACACAGACAAGGACUGUCCCUAGUCACCUGUCACUACACACAGACAAGGACUGUCCCUGGCUACCUGUCUCUACACACAGACAAGGACUGUCCCUGGUCACCUGUCACUACACACAGACAAGGACUGUCCCUAGUCACCUGUCACUACACAGAGACAAGGACUGUCCCUGGCCACCUGUCUCUACACACAGACAAGGACUGUCCCUGGCCACCUGUCACUACACACACAUGAUGUCUGUCCCUGGCCACCUGUCACUACACACACAUGAUGUCUGUCCCUGGCCACCUGUCACUACACACAGACAAGGACUGUCCCUGGCCACCUGUCACUACACACAGACAAGGACUGUCCCUGGCCACCUGUCACUACACACAGACAAGGACUGUCCCUGGCCACCUGUCUCUACACACAGACAAGGACUGUCCCUGGCCACCUGUCUCUACACACAGACAAGGACUCUCCUGGCCACCUGUCUCUACACACAGACAAGGACUGUCCCUGGCCACCUGUCACUACACACAGACAAGGACUGUCCCUGGCCACCUGUCUCUACACACAGACAAGGACUGUCCCUGGCCACCUGUCACUACACACACACAAGGAUUGUCCCUGGCCACCUGUCACUACACACACAUGAUGUCUGUCCCUGGCCACCUGUCACUACACAGAGACAAGGACUGUCCCUGGCCACCUGUCUCUACACACAGACAAGGACUGUCCCUGGCCACCUGUCACUACACACACACGAGGAUUGUCCCUGGCCACCUGUCACUACACACACACGAGGACUGUCCCUGGCCACCUAUCACUACACACAGACAAGGACUGUCCCUGGCCACCUAUCACUACACACAGACAAGGACUGUCCCGGCCACCUGUCACUACACACAGACAAGGGCUGUCCCUGAUCACCUGUCACUACACACAGACAAGGACUGUCCCUGGCCACCUAUCACUACACACAGACAAGGACUGUCCCUGGCCACCUAUCACUACACACAGACAAGGACUGUCCCGGCCACCUGUCACUACACACAGACAAGGGCUGUCCCUGAUCACCUGUCACUACACACAGACAAGGACUGUCCCUGGCCACCUAUCACUACACACAGAUAAGGACUGUCCCUGAUCACCUGUCACUACACACAGACAAGGACUGUCCCGGCCACCUGUCACUACACACACACAGGGACUGUCCCUGGCCACCUGUCACUACACACAGACGAGGACUGUCCCUGAUCACCUGUCACUACACACAGACGAGGACUGUCCCUGAUCACCUGUCACUACACACAGACGAGGACUGUCCCUGGUCACCUGUCACUACACACACACGAGGACUGUCCCUGGCCACCUGUCACUACACACAGACGAGGACUGUCCCUGGUCACCUGUCUCUGCACACAGACAAGGACUGUCCCUGGCCACCUGUCUCUGCACACAGGUGAAGACUGUUCCUGGCCACCUGUCACUGCACACAGACGAGGACUGUUCCUGGUCACCUGUCUCUGCACACAGACGAGGACCGUCCCUGGCCACCUGUCACUACACACAGACAAGGACUUCCCCUGGCCACCUGUCACUAUACACAGACAAGGACUUCCCCUGGCCACCUGUCACUAUACACAGACAAGGUUGUCCCAGGGCACUUGUCACCACCACCUGCACGGACUGUCCCAGAACACUUGUCAACACCAUCUGCACAACUAUCCCAGGAAGCCUGUCACUGCACACAGAUAAGGACUGUCCCAGGACACUUGUCACCAUCUGCAUGGAUUGUCCCAGGAUGCCUGUCACUGCCAUCUAUAAGGACUUUCCCAGGAUGCCUGUCACUUCACACCUGUGUGGCUUUGUCAUAGGAGAGCCUCAUUUGGGGUGUCAGGCACCCAGGUGGAAUCUCAGCCCACAGGCUCACCCUCAGCUGCAGUACAUUAUGUGGUUUCUUGGAGCCUCGGUUUCCUCUCUGUUAAUGUGAAAACUCCUUUUUGAAAUCUCCACAAUCGUGAUCAUUCAAUCCCUGGUAAGGGACCAGCACAGCUCCUGGCCCUGCUGAUCAGCAUGGCCCUGGGGGCUUCAGAGUGGAGGGGACAGGUCGGGGUGGUCAUGAGGUCCUGGACCUGACCCCGCGUUCAGGAGGCUUUUCUCUGAGUCUCAAAGUGUCUGAGGUCCCUUCAUUGCCGCCUGGACCUCUUUCUGGCUGAUAAUCCUCACACCACACAAAACAUCAUCCCAGUUAGGCUCCUGGUUCAGGAGGUUAUUAGGGGAGACCAUCCUUAGGUUCCUCUUGGCCUCUGAAGGGUGCGCCUCCGGAUGUGGGGCAUGCCUUGGAAGGUAUCGGGUCACCGACCGGUAGUGUCUGGCCUCACCAUCUUCCUUCCUGGGCCUGCCAGCCCAGCUGGAUUGGGGUCAGCAAGGGAGAAGCUGUCCUGCCCGCUUGUCGGGGUGAGUCCCCCAGGUGAACAGAUCACCACGCCUGGGAAGAGGGGCAGGACCCUUCUAGUUAGCGCUGCCGCAGGCUGGUCCCAUGUUUCUGAGGUCCGUCCAUGUUGUCACAUGUGUCACUGCUCUCCUUCUUUUUAAUGACUGAGAUUCAGUGACUCAGAUCUGCACAUUUUGUGUGUCCAUCAUCAGUCAAUGGACGCUGGGCCACUUCACCUUUGGUGAGAGUGGAUGAUCUGGAGUGAACCUUCCCAAGCACCUUCUUGGGUGGGUGUGUGUUUUCAGUUCUCUUGGGGUCACUCCUGGGACAGCAUCUGCUGUGCUGAGCGGUCAUCAGUUUAGGUCACUGUCCUCCAGGUUUCAAGGAAUGAAUUCACAUGAAAAGCCUCCUGCCCUGGUCACCUGGCUUCCCUGUAUCACGUCCCCGGGUCAGCUCACCCCUUCCACAGUGACCACACCCUGGCCUGGAGGUGGGGGUGGGGAGCAUGCAGUUGUCCAAGUCACUGGCUGGCAGGACGCCCCGCCAGGAGCCUGAGGGUGGUUGGGACAGCAGGGCUCGUCUGCAUACAAGCUGUCCUUGUGUUUGGUUCUACAAACAUUUACUGAAUCUCCCUGGCACCUGCGUCCCAGGUCCUUGGCAUGAACAAGAUUCUGCACCUGUUCUCUGGUUUCAUUCUCCCCACCCCCCCAAACUCAGAGGAAGUAGUUUGGGGCCACCAUGUGUCAACCAGAGAGGCCCCCUCCAGGGACAGAGGCAGAUUGCCAGUGACUUCAAGACCACACAGCCCUCCCCCUAAAUGUUCAUCCUGACCCACCUGCCUUGCUGUGUCCCCAGCACCCCAGGGACUGGAGGGUCCCUCUGCCUGUGUGUCCUGCCCCACAUCCACGUGGCUCCCACCAUCCUGCUCCAACCCACCUAGAAGUCCCCAUCCCCACCCCCACCUGUGUCCCCACAGCCCUCAGCGCCCCCUCUUCUUUGCACAUUACCACGUUUCCUCCCCAGAAGGUCAGUCUGUGAGGGCAAGACUUCUGUCUGUUGGCCCUGCUGCCUCAGAGCCCAGGCAGGCACCUGACACACAGGAGGCCCAGGGCAGGCAGGAACAUGUGUCACCUGUGAGCACCCCAUCUCCAGGCAGUGAUGCCAGGGUCACGGCUGCAGGGAUGCCCUCGCUAGGUGCUGGGAGAGUGCUGUUUGAACAGCAGGGCCCGCCUGCCUGCAAGCUGUCGCUGUAUUUGGUUCCACAAACAGCUAUCUCAUCUGCUCUCCAGCCCUGGAGUCGGGUCGUGCAUCCUGCCUUCGUGGGGGCUCGGAGGGAUGGACAGCCAGGGUCCUGCCUAUGUGAGGGCAUGUAGGGAGGCAGCCGGGGUCGUGCCCUCAUGGGAGCACAGAGGAGGUGGCCAGGGUUCUGCGGGGCCGUUCGCUGAAACCUGACCCUGCUCACUUGCAAACAAAAGCUCCUUGAGGGCCCACUCCAUGGGCAGCUCGGAGACAGGAGAGGGCACAGCCCUGACUGCCAUGGCCAGGACACCCCAAACUCCACGGCACAGACCACCAGGUGCCGGCUCUCAGAUUCUGCCCCUCCAUCUGGCUGCCCAGGACUGGGAACUCCUCGUGCAUAAGGAGCCCGUGUGGUGGGGCCGGAGCCCCGGUCCUGCAGGAAGAAUUAUGGAAGGCUUCAGGGUGGAGGGGUCAGGACAGGCCCCUGGGAAAGGAGACCCCACAGAACUGGUCUGGGGCAGAGGAGGGGAGGGCAGUGGAGGUCACCCUAGGUCACCUUUGCUUCAGUCUCCCCAGUUGAGGCGUUUCUCCCACCCCUGUGGAGCCACUAAGAAAUUAGGUGUUUCCUUCCCAGCAUGCCAGGGAAACCGAGGCUUUGGGGUCACCACUGAGCCUGGACGGAACCAGGUUGGCACCUGGUGGUAUGCCCAUCCCCCAUCAGCUGACACAGCUGCUGUCCCCCUGGGCAUCCCAGCUGUCACCUCACGGGGGGGGCCAGGGGACCAGGUAGGGAGGUCCCUGGAGAAGGAUAGGUGGACCUGCCCCUCCCCCAGCCUGUCUGGACACAGGGCAGAAUUUGAAUACCCAGGCGCUGGUGAGGGUAUGUGAAAUAAUCAUUUUCCAUUUUUCUGCACAUCAGAAGACCAUAUAGCUCUCGAUGUAUGGCAGAAAUUCGGCUCCUCGCUCUUCCUCUGAGCUCCCUGCUGGUGGGGGUGGGGUGGGACUGAUGGAAGCCACACGACUCCCAGCUGCACAGGGCCUGGGGGGCCUGCGUUCUGACUCCAGAGGCACUGGCCACCCCCCACACCGCUCACAUCUGCCCAUGGGUGCCCCUCCCAGGAUGACCCUCCUUUCCAACUGUUGUUUUCUUCCUGGAUGAAGCCCAGGAGGCUGACCCCAGGGUAGGGGUCACUGCUGCCCGGCACAGCGCAUGCCCAGCGGCUGUGAGGCACCGGCUCAGAGCUGGGUGACACUUAGAUGAGAUACUGUUGAUGAGAACGUAGUUGGUUUAGGCGCUUGUUCCUUUGACAGAUAGCGACUGAGGGCCUGCCAUGUGUCGGCUGCUAUUCUGGAAUCCAGCAGAUGGACCCGCCCUCGUGUGGCUGCUACUCUGUAUGGGGAGAGAUGGACAAUAAAUGAAGGAAACAAGGAAUGGGCAGGGCCUGGGUCUGGGAGGUGGGGCCUGUCUUUGCCAGAUGCAGCUUUUCUGAGUAGGUGACAUUGAGCUGAGGCCUGGAAGGGAGGCAGCCAAGGGGCCACCAGGGCACAGCUCUCUAGCAUAGGGGACAGCCAGUGCAAAGGCCCUGGGGCAGGAGCAUGCCUAGCACAUUUGCGGGCCAGCAAGGUGGCCUUGCAGGUGGAGAGGAGAAGCACAAGGGAGGAGGGCAAGGGCAUGGAGGAUGGCCUGGGAGCUGCCUGUGGGCAUUGAGGGCUUCAGCUAGUGGAGGUGGUGGCAUAAAUACUAAGGCAUGAAAAUGUCGUGCAUUUCCUGUGCACCGGGGGUUUGCACUGAAGACUCGUAGAGCUGAUCCAGCAGGCAUCCUGGCUUCCCCUGGGGGUCUGCCUGAUGCCUCCUCACGACUGCACGGCAGUGGCCAGUUUGUCCCUGGGGGAGAUCACCGCCCGGAGCUGUGCCUUUGUGGCCAGCAGCCAAAGCCUUUGUGCGGGAGCCCAGGGUGAGGGACCCAAAACCGGUCCUGCCGUUCUGCCGGCUAUUAUGUGGUUCCACCACUGGUGGGCUUGGCUCUCACUCCAUCCUCCUGAUUGAGCUGACCGCCGGCGCUCCAGCUCCAUCUGUCCCGAGGCCUGGGGGAUCCCUCAUGCGGGAGGAGAGGAAGGAGAUUCGCUUGUUCCCUGAACCCUGUGCUGCCUGGAGAGGGUCAGAAGAUGGACAUUUCAGAGACUAGGAGGCCCCAUGGGCAUCCUGAGGGGUUUGGCAACCAAGGGGGUGGAGCUGGAAUAGCCCACAACUGAGCCUGGUUGCCGCUCGGGUCAAGCCUGCUGGCUCCCUGGAAGCUUGCUGUGCUGGAGAGUUGCAAGUCUGAACUGCCUGAGCUCACACACCUGCACCGCCGUGGGGUAUCCCCAAAGAGGAGCAAACGAGUCCCGCACACCCUUCCCCACUACUGGGCACACAGAGGCCGCCCACAGCCUGUGGGUGUGGUUGGGGUGAGGCCUCUGGACAUGGAGAGGUUUUCCAUCCAAGGCACCAGGACCUCCUUAGUCGUUCUGUUUUACAAUAAAUGUCCCUGUGAAAAUGUUCACACUGACCGGGCAAAAGGUGUCAUGUGACUUUGGGCAUUCCCCGCGGCCUCUGAAGCCACCAUGGUCUCCCCAUUUCUAUGCCUUGGGAAGAUUCCCCCCAGGGGAACAUGGGAGAUGAGGGUGCAGCCCUGGAUGAAAUGCUGUAGACUCCACGUGUGCCCCAGGGCUCAGGACAGGCCUGACCGAGCCUCCCUGGGUCACAGAGGAAACCCCAGGGGCCAGCAGUGGCCUCGGUUUUCCCUCCCGUCAAAUGGGGAGAUGGCCUUGGAGCUUUCUCAGAGACAAGAGGGGAGACUCCAGGCAGAGCAGGAGGACGCCACGCCCCUCUGCCGAAAACCCCCAAGGCUGUUUUGACUCAGCAGGUCCCCACCCCCAGAUCUCCUUGGGAUUCUGGGAGACCAUGUGGUGGAAUGAGUCAAAACAUCCAGAAGGUUCCGCCGGGGAGGGAGGCAUGGAGCCGGCUUCCCGCUCGCCUCCCCCAGAGCAGCUGCCACCGCGGCUGCACCAGCGUUGGCCCAUCUGCCUGCCUUGGGCCGUCCAAGGCGGGGAGGAGGGGCUGGAAGCAGACCCUCUGUCCACCAGGGACACAGCCUGUUCUCCGGGUCAGGGCUGAGGGCUGGCGGGUGAGGCUGCCGCUGUGUGAUUCCACCGCUGUGUGACCCCGGGCUGGCUCCCACUCUCUCUGUGCCCCUCAGAAGCGGCACAGUGAUUCCCCCUUGGGGCUGGUGUUGCAUGUGGACACUCUGAACCUUGGACUUGAUUGACCAGUGAGCUGGCUGGUGGUUUCUGGUUUCUGUGGGACAGCCCCUUGUUAUAACUGCCGCACACGGCCUUUGUCACCUCUGAGGGGGUGGGUCCUCCAUUCGCACAGAGAGGAGGUCACUGAGGUUUAAACUCCGAGGUGCAGCCCUCCCUGGGCAGAUAUGGCCUCCGGGGUGCAGAGUCCCUGCCCUUGGCUCUGGUCAUCGUGUGUCCUUGCCACAGACCUGGGUUGGGGGCUGUACCCAAGGAUUCCUGGGCCCUUUUCCUGUGGCCACCACCAUUCUGAACUCCUGACCGCAGACAGGAAGGAGAAGGCCACCGCGAUGCCCGACUCCCCGGCCGAGGUGAAGACGCAGCCCCGGGCCACGCCCCCCAGCAUGCCGCCCCCACCGCCUGCCGCAUCCCAGGGGGCCACGCGACACCCCUCCUUCACGCCCCACACAAAUCGAGAAGACGGGCCUGCGAUGUCUCUGCCCCAUGGCCGUUUUCAUGGCUGCUUAAAAUGGUCUAUGGUCUGUCUCUUGAUGAAUGGCAGCAGCCACUCGCCCACAGCCAUCAGUGGCACCCCGUCCACGCCCAACGGCUUCAGCAAUGGCCCGGCCACCUCAUGCACAGCCGCACUAUCCACGCAGCAGCUGCCCCCAGCCUGCGGAGCCCGGCAGCUCAGCAAGCUCAAGCGCUUCCUGGCCACCCUGCAGCAGUUCGGCAGCGACAUCUCCCCAGAGAUUGGGGAGCGCGUGCGCACGCUGGUGCUGGGGCUCGUGAACUCUACGCUGACCAUUGAGGAGUUCCACUCCAAGCUCCAGGAGGCCACCAACUUCCCACUGAGGCCAUUUGUCAUCCCUUUCCUGAAGGCUAACCUGCCCCUGCUGCAGCGGGAGCUCCUGCACUGCGCCCGUCUGGCCAAGCAGAGCCCUGCACAGUACCUGGCCCAGCACGAGCAAGCCCUGCUGGAUGCUGACGCCUCUUCCCCUGUCGACUCCUCGGAGCUCCUGCUGGAGGUUAACGACAACGGCAAGAGGAGGACCCCCGACAGGACCAAAGAGAAUGGGUCAGACCGGGACCCACUGCACCCAGACCACCUCAGCAAACGGCCAUGCACCCUGAGCCCCGCCCAGCGCUACAGCCCCAGCAACGGGCUGCCCCACCCGCCGCCGCCCCCACACUACCGCCUGGAGGACAUGGCCAUGGCCCAUCACUUCCGGGACUCCUACCGCCACCUUGACCCCCGGGAGCUGCGGGAGCGCCAUCGGCAGCUGGCAAUGCACGGUUCCCGGCCUGAGGAAGUGAUUGACCACAGGCUCACAGAGCGCGAGUGGGCGGAAGAGUGGAAGCACCUCAAUAACCUCCUGAACUGCAUCAUGGACAUGGCCGAGAAGACGCGGCGGUCGCUGACCGUGCUGCGCCGCUGCCAGGAGGCUGACCGCGAGGAGCUCAACCACUGGAUCCGGCGCUGCAGCGACGCGGCAGAGGACAGCAAGAAGGGCCCUGGGCCGACUGCCCGGCCCCUCGGCAGCUCCGUGGGCACAGAGGGUGCUCAGCUAGACGUCCACCGGGAGUUCAUGCCUCGGACCCUGUCCGGCUACAUGCCCGAGGAGAUUUGGAGGAAGGCGGAGGAGGCGGUGAACGAGGUGAAGCGGCAGGCAAUGUCAGAGCUGCAGAAAGCCGUGUCUGAUGCUGAGCGCAAGGCCCACGAGCUCAUCAGCACAGAGCGGGCCAAGAUGGAGCGGGCCCUGGCCGAGGCACGGCGGCAGGCAUCUGAGGAUGCCCUCACUGUGGUCAACCAGCAGGAGGACUCCAGCGAGAGCUGCUGGAAUUGUGGGCGCAAGGCCAGCGAGACGUGCAGCGGUUGCAACGCGGCCCGCUACUGCGGCUCCUUCUGCCAGCACAAGGACUGGGAGAAGCACCACCAUGUGUGCGGACAGAGCCUGCAGGGCCCCGCGGCCGCUGUGGCCGAGCCCGUGCCCGGACAGUCCGACACCGCCACAGGCCUGGGCCCCUGCCUGCCCCCGGCCGCUGCCAGCCCCAGCGAGGCGGGCUCCACUGGGCCUUCCCGCCCCGGCUCCCCUGGCCCACCUGGCCCCCUGGACGCAGCGCCCCGCUGACCCUCCAGGACCUGAUGUCCAUGAAACUGCCCAGCCCCGCCCGGCCCGCAGGACGCGCACCCAGCCCUGGGAGCCGACCAUGGGAGUCACCGCUGCUGCUGCUUCUCUCCAAAAGAAAACAGAACCAACAAGACUGCAUCCACACGACUUCCUCAGCUACCUGACGAGCACACCUCGACCUCUUCCGAAUCCUCAGAAGCCCCCAGCUGAACUUUAGGCGGCCGAUGGAUGCUGGCCAGAGGUGACUGGCUCGUCCAAAACCGCCUCUCCCUCCUUGUCUCGCUCUCUGUCUUGUUUUUAUCUCUUUAUGACUUUCACAUACUUUCUCUUCAAUGAAAAAAUCGAAUUGUUUGGUGGCUUAUAUUUUCAUUGAAGAAUUUUGGGGGACUUUGUGGCAAGAGAGCUACUCAGAAAUGGACAAAGAAAACUGGGGUUUUCUCCCCUUGCCUGAUUCAAAAGGGAAAAGGAAAACUGUUCUUUCAUAGCCGGAGAUCCGAGCCGCCAGUUCACGGAAACCGCCCCAGGGGUGUGUGGCCAGUGCGGUGAGGCUGGUGAGAAAGAUGUCAGACUCAAGUCGUAAUUUUUCAUUUCAGAUUUUUUUCUCCUUUAAUGUCAAAUUCUUUGGCUUUAAGUAGAAAUCCAAAAAGUUUUUUUAAAAAAAGAAAAAAAAAAGGUAAAGGAAGCAUGCUGCAGUCCAUGGAGUCGCAAAGAGUCGGAGACGACUGAGCGACAGAAAUGAACUGAACUGAAAGGAAGCAUACCUGUAAACUACCUUGCCAGCUAGCUAGCCAAGGACGCCGGACACACCUCUGCUCCAAAGGAAAUCCAAAAAACAUACACAAGAAGUCAAAAUCCAAAAUUUUGUUGUCACUGCCAAAGGAUGUUUUUCACUGUUUUCCUCCACGCCUGGGCUUGUUCCAAUGUCCGUCUUUUCUCUUGCUUUGAUUCUGUUUGGGGGGCGAUGGGGUAUUGGGGUUUGGAGUGUUUUGUCCAACAGGAAGCAACUUCUUUCUUUUCAACUCCAUGGCAGCGCCUCCGCUGGGGCCACGUGGGGUGGGCAGUGAGGCCCUCGGCACCCACACGUGUGUGUAAGCGUGUGUGUGCAUGUGCACUGGGGCACACCCAGCAUGUAUCUGCACACGCUCAGGAAGGGUAUCUUGUCCGUCCUCACACCCUCUGUGAAUUUCCAUCACAUUUCAUCCUUUCCACUUGUGAAAAAAGUGCUAAUAUGUCCUUCCGAGAAAGAAUAUAAUUCUGAGACAAAACUGUGACAAUCUUUCGGGUUGAUUCUCGACUGCUUUUCUGAGCGUGAGGAGACAGCCACCACGCCUUCCACUGCUGCUCCUCCUCGUCCUCCUCUACCUCUGCUGCCCGCUACACGAGCCUGCCGCCCAGCCCGUUUCUCCAUCCCAGCCCCCGUGUUUCCUGCAGCCAGCCCCUCUCUUCUCUUCACACUUUUGCAGAAAAAGGAAAAAAAAAAAAACCCACAAAGAAAAGCAAUUUGCCCUCCCUGCACCUUCUGGAGACUUGACCAGCUGUAUAUAACCCUGCAUUUUUGUCCAGCUCUUCCUCAGGGGAUGGUCUCUCUGAAGUCCCCGCCCCAUGCCUCACCCUGACCCCCAUCCCACUUGCUCCCCCAGCGAUCUCAAGGAGGAAAUAAAGGAAUAAGGAAAUUCUGAUCUGUACUCAGUGGGAGAACAAAGAGCAGACACGGUCUCUGAUCGGGAUUUUACUGCAUGGCUGUAAGAAGUUCCAGGACUGGAGUGCAAUAGUGACCAGCUACUGAAACCCAGAGCCCAGGGGCCUGCCGAGAGGCAAGAAGUCAAUGGUAUACGAUAAUGUGAAUGUAUAUAGUCCUUGCAGAGGUCCAAAUGAUGAUAUUCAUGAUGAUGAUAAUAAAGAAGAGAUGUUUGCCAAAUAAAAAAUUAAGAGAAACCAUGGAA